AUGAAGACUGACAGUGGUAAUUCGAGUCAAGUUAAUUCCGGAAUCGAGCAACGUUUGAGAAGUCCAAAGUGUGCUAGAUGCAGGAACCACGGUGUGAUUUCCGGAUUGAAGGGUCACAAAAGAUCGUGUGCGUGGAAGGAUUGCCGUUGCCCUUGCUGUUUGCUGGUGGUCGAGAGACAACGGGUGAUGGCAGCUCAAGUUGCACUCAGAAGACAACAGCAGGCUCAAGGAAAUUUCUUCGGCGAAAACGUCUCGACUGUUUGUCAUACACCAAUUGAUACAGCUGGUUCGUCAUAUUUACUGAAGACAGAUCAAUCACCAAUUUGUCGAAGAGGAAAAAAUAUUCAGCGUCAUCAACUACACUUUACGCAAACCAGCAUUAGCGUGACCCAGGGAUUUUAUGGAUUGAAGACGAUUCACGUUACCACGGAUGGUCCAUUAUUGAAUGGUUUACCACAAAAACAAGACUAUAAACAAGAAUCUGAAGGUUCGAAAAAAAUACAGCCUUUCCCAAGUAUGUACUCCACAAUUCCGUGGUUCGAACAAGUUGCGGAACCUCGUAAAAUGAAGAAAAGUUUUAAUAAUUUUACUUCUACUGCAAAUAAUCAAAACGAUAUUUCUGCGGCUAAGAAUGGAUCUUGUUUGGAGAAGAAAUCUACAAUCUCUUUUAGUGUAGAAUCUAUCAUUGGAACAAAUAUUCAAGAAGGAUUUAUUAAACAACUUAUUACUUGUGUUAUAUUUCCUUUUCUCCAUUGCAAUGCUUCCUUAGCAACGACACUUCUAAGAGCUGGAUCGCUGUUAAUUGAGAAAAAAAAGAUAAAAGCUCAAGAAAAAAUAAUACUACCAGUUGAAGAAGAUGUCAAUAAAUUAUUGAAUUAUGUAUGUGGAUCAAACAUUUAUAAAGAAGGAGAAGAUGUAAAGUUAAAGCCAGAUUCUGAAUAUCCUGAAUGGCUAUGGAAUAUUAGAACUGAGCCAUUGAAAUUAUCAGAUUUAGAUCCAAAUACAAAACAAUAUUGGAGAUACAUUCGCAAACAAGCACUGAUCAAAAAUAAUAAAUUCAAGAAAACCCAACGAUUUUAA